AUGGAUGCAUGGGAAGACCUUGUUUAUGAUGACGAUGUGCUUGAAUCUUUUCUGAAAAAAUGUGAUGGUUCUGCCUCGCUUAUACCUGGUCCAGCAGGUAAUGUUCAAGCUACUUUACUGAACAGGACAAUUUCAGAACACCCAAAAUCCACACAAGAAUUUGCUAAUGAUGUUGCUCAAGCAACAUUUGAAAGAGAUUUCAACUAUAAUGGUUGGAGAUGGGAAGAAAUGUUUAUUCAGCACCAUGAACUAGUAAGUGAUGGAAAAAUGGAGAACAUGAACUCCCUUAAAGAGGCAAAAUCAUCUCAGGUCCUUCCAUUUGUUGCAUGCAUAGUGAAAGAAUGCAAGCCAAAUGGUUUGGCAGAUAUGCAGCUGACAAUCAAGGAUACAACAGGGACAAUGAAGGCUUCAUUGCACAAGAAAGUUCUUCAAGAUCCUGAAUAUAAAGAUAAAAUUGGAAUUGACUCUGUUAUGAUACUCAAUCUUGUACAAUGCUUCGGUGGCUAUGGAAGAAACUACUAUCUUAAUAUCGUCCAUCGAAACGUGGUUAAAGUUUUUGCCCCUGACAUUUGUUCUCCUACGCUAGACCUGGUCAAGGCAACAUCUAAACCAACUAUUCGCGUACCUAUGUGGGGAGAAAACAUUAGGCAGGUGAACGAGAUCCUCAGGAAAUUCGUUCCACCAACAACUGAGGAACCAUCAUUGUCCACAGAAACAAACAACCAUUAG